GCCACGUCUUGAAUCUGACGGAAUCUAGCACGAGCCGACCACACUCCCCGCAGCCCUUUGUAUUUUCUUCUCACGGAAAUUCCCGGUUUUCCCAAAAUCUCACAGCUACUUCUCCAUCUCAACACUCUCUCAUCUCCCGUGCCCUUCGAAGUCCGAACAGGUUAUUGUUUCGUAUUUGUAACCGAACGCCGGUUAAUUGAUGGCGCUGAGUGCAAUCUUAGCUUGUGUGGUCACAAGUCAGAGAACACUUUCGGGCCAUGCCACUCAAACAGAUGAUCUGUUAGAACGCGCAUCUUCAAAAGUACAAGAAAGGCUUGUGAAAAAGCCCAGUAAACUUAAUGUAAAACAGCCAGUGCACAGUGUUCAACUGUUGGCAAGAAAUGAGAGGGCAUUGACACAAAAGGCUUUAGUUCUUGCCUUUCAAAAUGAUGGUGGAAAAUUUGGUUCACAUGGUUGCACCGAUGAUGAAUUGUUUAUGCCUCUGGAAGAUACUGACACCGACAGUUCCAACUACUCGGAUGGGGAAAUUGUUUCUACUUCACACUCAGCAGCAGAUGUCUUCCCGACUGUGGACCAUUUGGGAAACCAAGAAACCCUUCUUGCGAAACUAAAGGCUGUUUACUUACAUGUAUUGGCAUCAGAACAGUGGAAUGUAUCUCGACUUGAAUUAUGUAACAGGAAUUACGUGUUGAGUGCGACAAACUUAAUACAUUAUCUGGCGUUGAAAUGCCUUGACUUGGAGCAGCUCAAAGAAGAUCUUUCUUCCGUUGGUCUUUUGAAUUUGGAGACUAUCAAUUCAAAUGUCCUUGCAAGUCUCACUGCAAGCAUCCAAGUAUUGGAAAAUUUGAAAUCUUGCCCUCCCAACCAGAAAGACAAUGCUACUCCAGGAAUACAGACUCGGAAAAGAUUGGAUCAACAUAUACAUAAAGAGUUUACAGUAAAUUCAAUGAGGAAGAAGGCAUCAUCCAAUGGAGAGUUAUUGUUGGGGCCACUGCGAGAUGGCCGGGCUACUCACAUCAUGGUAACAGUUGGCUAUGAAGCUAUUGAGAGUGAAACACUUGUUGCCGACCUUCUCAAGGCUGGGACUUCUAUUAUUCGGAUCAAUUGUGCGCAUGGAAAUCCUAGUGUUUGGAGUGAGAUUAUCAGAAGAGUGAAGGAAUGUUCUCAAAUGCUUGAAAAACCUUGUCGCAUUCUCAUGGAUUUAGCUGGACCUAAGCUCAGAACAGGAAAGCUAAAGCCUGGUCCAUGUGUGAUGAAAAUCUCUCCCAAGAAAAAUGCUGCUGGAAAGGUUAUAUUCCCUGCUCAAGUUUGGCUCUCUCACAAAGGAGCGAGUUUUCCUUCUCAUCUGUCUCCUGAUGUUGCUCUAUUCAUAGAAGACCAGGAAUUUAUGAGUCAGCUUGAGGUGGGCAACACUUUGAGAUUUAGUGAUGCCAGGGGGAAAAAGAGAUUGCUCAAGAUUUCUAGAAGCUUUCAUGUGUUUUCUGGUACUGGUUAUAUGGCCGAGUGUAAUAAGACUUCGUAUGUUCAGUCGGGUACGGAAUUUUAUAUCAAAGGAAAGAAAGGAAGGUUCUCAUCUGGACUAGUGGUAGAUGUCCCUGCAGUCGAACCAUCUAUCAGGCUGAGUGUUGGAGAUUUGCUUAUCAUAACAAGAGAUAGUUCAGGCCAACAGGAUGGACUCUCUAAUCCAAUGAGUGGUGCUCAUAGGAUAACUUGCUCUUCUGGCUAUUUGUUUGAUUCAGUCAAACCGGGAGAGUCCAUCGCUUUUGAUGAUGGAAAGAUUUGGGGUGUAAUUCAAGGAAUUUCUAUCUCGGAGAUUAUUGUCUCAAUUACUCAUGCCGGUCCAAGGGGCACUAAGCUUGGGUCAGAUAAGUCCAUUAACAUUCCUAAGAGCAAUAUUCGAUAUGAAGGCCUUACUUCGAAGGAUCUCACGGAUCUCGAAUUUGUUGCUGCUCAUGCUGACAUGAUGGGAAUUUCUUUUGUUCGAGAUGUUAAUGAUAUUGUUGUGCUUCACCAACAACUGGAAAAGAAGAAACUGAAUAAUUUGGGAAUUAUUUUGAAGAUUGAAACAAAGAGUGGGUUUGAGAAAUUGCCUCUCAUGCUUCUGGAGGCAAUGAAGUUCUCAAAUCCUUUGGGAGUUAUGAUUGCCCGAGGAGAUCUUGCAGUAGAGUGCGGGUGGGAAAGAUUGGCAGAUAUUCAAGAAGAAAUACUGUAUAUUUGUAGUGCCGCCCACAUACCAGUCAUAUUGGCAACUCAGGUACUGGAGUCCCUUGUCAAGUUUGGUGUGCCUACCAGAGCUGAGAUUACGGAUGCAGCCAACGGAAGGAGGGCAAAUUGUGUUAUGUUGAACAAAGGGAAAUGUAUUGUUGAAGCUGUUUUAACUUUGGACACCAUCCUUCAUGGUAAUUCCACAGAAACGAAAGCAGAGCUGAAGCCUCUUCUACUCUCCAGCCACCUAUUUUAAACACAAGUAUAUUUUUCUCACAUUUUGUGGAUUCCUGUCAUUCUAAACAUAUUAGCUGCAAUAGAUAUACUUUUUGAAUUUGGUA